UUGGGGCCAGAGCGAGUACACGGAGGCACCUGGCUGCAAGCAGCGAGUCGCUUCUAACCCAAGCCGGCCAGACGCGAGCCUCUUUCGGCCAUCAUGUUGGCUCGCAGCGGCAAAUCACCGGUCACCUCCGCCAGGGAGUCCAGAGCAAAAGUGACGGAGAAGACCACAGAUCCCAUUCGUAGGCUUGGUCUGCUGGACAACGAGGAUGUGCGCGUGAUGAUGCAAGGCUCUAACAUGGUCAAAGUUCGCUCUCCGAGGUGGCAAAAAAGCCGCAACCUGCGCUUGUUGGAGGACGGACUUACCGUGUGGUGCGAGUCAUCCAAAAGUUCUCGCAAGGCCAAAGCCCGUCAGACGUUUGCAGUGACCGAAGUGGAGUGCGUGCGCGAGGGCUGCCAGUCGGAGGCGCUGCGCCGGAUCUCUGGCUCAGUGCCGGACAACCGCUGCUUCACGGUGGUCUUCCGAGGGGCUCGCAAGAGCCUGGAUCUUCUGUGCCCUUGUGAGGAUGAGGCUCAGCGCUGGGUGCGAGGCCUGCGCACGCUGAAGGAGCGUGUCGCCAACAUGACGCAGAAGGAGAAACUGGACCAUUGGAUCCGAGGCUACCUGCGACGAGCGGAUCAGAACCAGGACGGCAAGAUGAGCUACGACGAAAUUCGCGGGCUGCUGCAGAUGAUCAACAUUGACCUGAGUGAGCAGUACGCUCGCUCCUUGUUUAAGAGAUGCGACCGAUCCGGAGACAGCCGUCUGGACCACAACGAGAUCGAGGAGUUCUGCCGGGAGCUGCUGCGCCGGCCCGAGCUGGACGCCGUCUUCCGCCACUACUCCAGCAACGGCUGCGUGCUUUCCACCGCCGAGCUCAGAGACUUCCUGGGAGACCAAGGAGAGGACGCGAGCCUGGCCCACGCGCAGAAUCUCAUCGGCACCUACGAGCUCAACGACUGGGCUCAGAGGAACCAGUUCAUGACCCAGAACGGUUUCACCAUGUACAUGCUGUCACGGGAAAAUGAUGUGAUGAACCCAGAGCACGCCCGAGUCCACCAGGACAUGAGCCGCCCCCUGGCCCACUACUUCAUAUCCACCUCACACAACACCUACCUCACCAAGGACCAAGUGACCAGCGCCAGCAGCACCGAGCCGUACAUCAGGGCCUUAAUUCAAGGCUGCCGCUGCGUGGAGUUGGAUUGCUGGGAUGGAGAUAAAGGCGAGCCUGUCAUCUACCACGGUCACACGCUCACCUCCAAAGUGCCUUUCAAGGAGGUCAUUGUCACUAUCGCACAGUAUGCGUUCAAGACGUCUCCGUACCCUCUGAUCUUGUCCCUGGAGAACCAUUGCUCCGUGGAGCAGCAGGUGGUCAUGGCCAAACACCUUUACACCAUCCUGGGCAACAAGCUGCUCAACAAACCCCUCAGUGACCACGAGCAUAAAGAUCUGCCAUCACCUGAAGCGCUGAGGGGGUGUAUCCUGGUGAAAGGGAAGAAGCAGAUUCCCCAUCUAAGCCAACUGGGAAAGAACGGAAGCUACGGCAGCUUCUCCUCGAGCUCCGAAGACGAGCAGGCGGGCGGAAACAAGAGCACGCCCAAGAAGGAACUGGCUAAGGUGUGCUCCAAACUGAGCGUGGAGCUGUCCGAGUUGGUGAUCUACUGCCAUAGCGUCCCAUUCUGCGGUUUCACAAAUGUGGGCGAAAGGCCUGCAGAGGAAAUGUCUUCCUUUUCUGAAAACGAUGCGCUGAGGCUCAUCAAAGACUCUGGAAAACUCUUCGUGCGACACAAUAGCAGGCAGCUUAGCCGGAUCUACCCUUCCGGACAGCGCCUCCAGUCGUCCAACUAUGACCCCCAGGAAAUGUGGAACGCUGGCUGCCAGAUGGUGGCGCUAAAUUUCCAGACCCCUGGGGAGCAGAUGGAUCUUAACCAGGGCCGCUUUCUGCCCAAUGGUCGUUGCGGCUACGUCCUGAAACCCAGCUUCCUGUGCAGUGGUGAUUCCGACUUCAACCCUGAGAACACGGGCGGGGGACCCGGUCACAUCCCUACCCAGCUGACUAUACGAGUGAUAUCGGCACAGCAGCUCCCCAAAAUUAACACCGACAAGGCAAGCUCCAUUGUGGACCCUCAGGUGUGGGUGGAGAUUCACGGGGUGGCAAUAGAUAACACCAGAGACAAAACACAUCGCAUUGACAACAAUGGCUUCAACCCACGAUGGGACUGCACGCUCAAGUUCCAGCUGCAAGUGCCCGAGCUGGCGUUGGUGCGCUUCGUAGUCGAAGACCAUGAUCACACCGCCAAGAAUGACUUUGUGGGACAGUUCACAUUACCUUUCACAAGCCUGCGUACAGGUUACAGACACGUCCACCUGCUGAAGGCCGACGGGUCCCGACUGGCCCCCGCCACGCUUUUCAUCCACGUCAAAGUGUCCCGCAAGGGUGUUCCAAUCAAACACGUGUGUGAAAGUAUGCCUUCUCCCAAGGGAAAGUCGUAAACAUCAAGUGAGAUGUGAAUGCAGAAGUAGGAAAACCUUUGUACUAAAGGGCCGGACUGGAUUUUGAAAAGAUGGGCCAGAUUAUUUGUAGAUGAUGUUAGGCAUUUUUAAAAAAUAAAUAACUAAUUUGUCAAUUAGAUAAAUAACUACAAAAAUGACACAAAUGAAUACAUUUAUUUUUAAUUAGUAAACUUUUUUGCUGGUGGUGGACGGAUUAAUGCCGACUCCUUUUCACUUUAAUUUUGACACAAGCAGCAAUUCCUCACUUGGAAUCACAGUACGCUGUUUUUGUUCCCCUUAAACAUGUAUGAAUACAACUCACAUUAGAGCACUAAUGAAGUACUAAGAAUGAACAAACAAAAUCAGACUUCGUGUACUUUAGCACUUUUAUUGUAUUUUAUAAAUGUUUUUACCUCCACAACUUGAAUUAAAAAAAAAAGAUUAAAAAAGCAGUAUUACAUUAAAAAACAGAUGUUUACGUUUUUCCUAAUAUGAAAUUUAUCUCGUAUGUGCUAGAUUUCACUUAAGCUAAGGAACCGAAACAAAUCAAUUUACUCAUUUUAACUUGGAGAUUGGUGCAUCUAUUUCUUGUCCUUAUUUGUUGCCAAAAUAGAGCAAAUGAAAUGGCUGUUUGUUGCAUCACUCUCUAAAGUUAAACUUUUCAGUAUUAUUUUACGUUUUAACAGGUCAGUUUAUGCAGUGGUCUAUUUAUUGUGACUAAUAUCUAUUACAAAUGAAUGAAUCAUCUACUAGCAUUAAUAUAUAUUUACAGAUGAACUCAAAGUCAUUAAUUUGGGGGGAUAAUUCUUUGUGUUUAUCCUUGUUUUGUUGUUGUUUUUGUAACAAAGCACUUUUUUGUGCUAGUUUGUCCUUUCUAAUGCAACCCAGUCGUUGCCGUCUGUGAAGUGCCAAUAAAGUUUUAACAAAUUGAUUUCUGUGUGUUUCUAAUACCCCAGAGGAUAACUUCCUAACUAUCUCAAUGGAUUUCACAGCACUCAAGAAUAAGUUCAGAUUUUUACGUCACACUAUUUUCCCCGGCCUGAAGGCAACAAGAGUAUAAUGGAUUCUUUGUGUUUGUUUGUGACAUUAAUGAAGUA